AUAUCUCUAUGAAUUUGAGAGCAGUCUGGUCUUCAUGGUUUAGGCUAGCCAGGGCUGCAAAGUGAGACCUUGUAUAAAAUACCGAAAAGAGAGAAAGAAGGAAAGAAAGGAGAAGAUAUAACUGAUGGUGUCAGUGGCAGUAUGUAAUUAAUAGCAAAUAAUAUGCAAUUGAUAGUGACUAGCAGUAGAUUUCCCUUAUUUUUGUAAAACAUGUAAAUUCAGGGCUGGAGGUCAUAUAAGGCAAAGGCAUUACAUGCUAGGAUAAUUAGUGCUUGUAUCUUAGCAUAAAACACUGCCACCAGGUAAAUAUAUCCACUCACAUGUUAAGAUGGGCAAGAAUGAAAUACAAUAAUUCACACACACACACACACACACACACACACACACACACACACACACACAGAGUCUGUCAUAUUUUAAGUCAAACAAUGCACAAAUGAAUAAAUGUGUGGAGAGAAAAAGAAGUGUAACUAAAAAAGUACAAUCAUCUUAUCUAGUGGUCCCUAACCACCUGAGUUCUGUUCCUAAUUCUACCAACAAUUUAAGCUAAUGUGUUAAAAAUCUUUAAAAACCAUCUAUUAAUAAGUUAGUAUCAUAGUAGAACAUUUCUCCAAAAUAUCAAUACUCUUCAUAAUCAUGAUUAAAGUGUCUUUUAAAAGACUUGUCAGCUCUAAUAAAUGUUAGCAUUGCCUAUCUGAAUAUUUCACCUUAAUUACAGUAGCUUAUAUAGUAUAUGUUUCCACAACUGUUUUCCUAACCAUCGAUAAAAUAUGCUAGCUUACGAAAUGCCAGAGGAAUUUUCCAUGUUCAUAUAGUGUUUACUUGCACUUAAAUAGUGCAUCAAUAAUCUGAAAACAAGAAAUCGCCUGUGUGGCUAAACACUGUUUAGACGCUAUGGUUUCCAUCAUGGACUGCUUUCAACUGCUAUAUUUUAUGGCACAGAUUCAGUGGGAAUCUGAUCUGCUAAAAUAUUUGGGCUGUGAAAACUCCCACACUGUGACAGAUGUCAAGUCCAAUUAAGUGACUCAUGUCCAGAUUUCUGUCCAAUAGGAUUUCCCAUUAAAUAUCAAUUUAGGGGGAAAAAAAUUCCAUCCCCCUUCUUAAGCCUUUAUCUCUUCCACCAUCUCCAGGCGAAAUCAAUUGGUACCAGAAGAGCCAAGAAGCCACACAGGCAGCUGCCUCUUCGCUCUGGCUCUCCCAACCUCUCCUUUCUCUGCUUCCCGGGCAGUGGUACUCUAGAAGACCUUCGCAUCUCACCCAGCUUUCUCAAGCAUCUCCAAGCUACUGAGUAUAUAUAUUUUUUACUACCAGAGCCCUAGGAAGGGGGUAAGCGCGAGACUUCAACACUUCCGACUUAAAAAGAUCAACAACGAAUUUUCCGAAAUGUUUAAGAACAAUUAAAAGGAGCAGGCGUUUUCAAUCUAUCAACUAAGCGAGCAACCAUACCACCCACCUCCUAAGACACCGUCGCUCGCUGUGGCAGUCGGCGAGAUGACAGCCGCUUUUUCAUCUGUAGAUGUAAUAAAUAUUGGCUGCUUUUAAUAUUUACCAGAAUCUCUCCUCCUUGUUCCCUGGAAUUUUAACUCUAAAAGAUUGGCGAAAAGAUUGUCGACUGGGCUUUUGCAAGCCUCCAAAAUGAUGCUGAGUCCGGACCAAGCCGCCGACUCAGAUCACCCCAGCUCGACGCACUCGGACCCGGAGUCUCUGGGCGGCGCAGACGCCAAGGUGCUGGGCAGCGUGUCGGACCUGGAGCCGGUGGAGGAGGCCGACGGCGACGGCAAGGGCGGCAGCCGAGCCGCGCUCUACCCGCACCCGCAGCAGCUGAGCCGCGAGGAGAAGCGCCGCCGCCGGCGCGCCACGGCCAAGUACCGCUCGGCCCACGCCACCCGCGAGCGCAUCCGCGUGGAGGCCUUCAACCUGGCCUUCGCCGAGCUCCGCAAACUGCUGCCCACGCUGCCCCCGGACAAGAAGCUCUCCAAGAUCGAGAUCCUGCGCCUGGCCAUCUGCUACAUCUCCUAUCUCAACCACGUCCUGGACGUGUAGGGAGGGGGACGCCGCGGGAGGCCGCCGGUCCCGGUGUCUGGUCCGCCAAAGGCGACACACCCGGACUGCCAGGCCUGAGGGUCGCCCACAGACACCUGAACGCGGGGAAAAGCUUGCAGUCUGUUCUCUCUGGCCUGCAAGGCAAACAGAGGAAUGUUUCUGAGCCUGGGAGGUGGGGUUGGACAGAAAGACCUGGGGCUUGCAAGGGUAUUUUCCUGGCUGGAAGAACCUUCUGGAGGCACCUAGGGUGAGUUGCUCCGGGGGCUCUCCUCAGUGUAUUAGGAUCGAUCCCCUUAAGGGUGGUUGCGGUAACCCACUGGAGGCUCUGCGUUCCCCUAUAUUUAUAUCCCAUACAUCUUCAUGUUUUAAAAGAUUGAGGGCAGAUGCUUAACCCAGGCUGAUAGCUUCAGACUCUGACUAUCCGGGAUUUUUCUAACUAAGAAAUCACCAAACCUUUGGGGAGAAAGAAAAGAUGAAAAUCUCUUCCAUAUAGAGAUUAAGACACAGAAAGGUGUCCCAGCAAACUUUUUGUUACCUUGUCAAAUGAAAAAUCACAUUCGAAUACAGAUAAAAUUCUGAAUUUUUGGUGUUGUUAAAAAAAAAGAUGCAUUCAGAAGAGACAGACACACUGUGGGAGGAUUUGAGUUUGGUGAGACUUUAUCCCCAAGAUAGGACACUAAAGUAGAUAGAAAAAUCCAUAUUUAAAUGGAAGAUUUAACAUCUGAUUGCUUUUUCGGGCAAAGUGCCCCUUUAAAUAUCCAAAAACACCCCAUCUAAUUGUGACCUUAACAUGUGGACCCAUAGAUGCAGUUAGAAAAAAGACAACCUAUUUUUAUUUAUGUUAGAAGGAGUAGAGUAUUUUUUUCAAGACAUUUAUUUUUCAGAGUGGUGAUAAUUUUACUUUGGAUACUCUGUGCCAAUUUAUUUAUAGUCAAGUGUUUACACUUUUCCCCCGUGAAAUAAUUGCGUCUAACUUUUUAUGUGUUUGUUGAGAUUAUCUUGUGUUCUUUCCUCUUUUUUUCUGAUUAUAUUGCACUUGUAUAAGAGAGUCCCCACUUCCCCUUGUUUCUAAGCAUAUUUUAUAUAUUAAGAAGUUGGUUGUUUUGGUGUGAGAUCAGCAACACUAGCCCUUCACUACUAUAGUUUUAUAAAAAGUUAAGUGUUGUUAUUCUUGCCUGUAGUUUCGUCUGAAAAGUACUUUACAAACUGUUUAUAAGGAGAAUAGCUUCUUGUGUGUGCGUGUGUGACAUUUGUGUGUGGGAUGAUUUUAGGAAAUUACAUUAUUUUCCUAAAAAAAAAGAAAAAAGAAUUCAGAAUUACUUUCCUCUGUGACAACCAAAAAGAAAAGUCUGUGACCUGGAAAUGUUUCAUGUUCUCAGCUGUGAAACUCUUUAAAGCAAGAAGUGUAUUUUAGAGACAAGGGAGAAAGAAAAAAAAAAACACAUCUGCUAUCCAAAGAUUUUAGUCUUUUUCAGGGUUUUUUUGUGUCUCUGUUGCUUUAUAUAAUGCAAUAUUUUGUAGUGAAAAUAGAUAUAACCUGGUUUCUACCUGACGAGUUUUCAUAUCUCAUGACUGGUGCGCUGUUUUGCAUAUAA